CACAUGUAAAAGACCGUUCUGUUAAAAUCGUGUGCUGAACUUCUCAAAUUGCUUGCACUGGGACUUCCGUUACUGCCUCAGGACUACAAAUUACAGUCAGUUUCACCAGAUUCCAAUGACUCAAUACAGAGCAGAACAGAGAGAGGACUGACGGGUACUCGGGCCUUAAAGACCGUUACAAAUCCUCCUUGCAAGGUCAAUAAGUCACUGAUCCAACUCAAGAUAUAUCACCAGCUAUGGACCAUCCUUACAUGUCGGGGCUGUUGUACCCAAGUCAACAUCUGGGGCCUAAUGUAGACAUAGAAGAAAUCAUUGCUUCUCAAAACAUUAUUUCCAGAGUCAUGCACAGUUACUUUGGUAUACUGGUUCCUAUCGGUUUUUUGGCUGGUAUUGUCAGUGUGGUAACUAUUACCUGGAAUAAAGUGAAGCAUCAAACUAUGGGACACCUUGACUUCUAUCUUCUGAACUUGUCAAUUACGGACCUGACAAUCAUCCUGUAUUCGUUUACUGCCAUUACAAGACCAGACUACAUGAAUAUAACCAAUCUAAGUUGCGGUGUCCUUGCCUCUUUCUUCAACCUGAGUUAUUUCUACUCUCAGAUCCUAUUGCUCCUGAUGUUGCUGCUGCUAGUCUUUGUGAAUGAAUCCAACACAAACUCAUUGGUGGCAAAGGCUACUCAACAUCGCAAAGUGUGUGCGUGUAUCAUGUUACUUAUCUCAUUAAUUUUGUCCAAUCUAAUAGUAUCACAGCUAGGAACAUACAAGGAUUUAAACAGUACGAUCCACUGCCAAUUGGACCCAUUAAAUGCAAAGCCAGAAUACGACUUUGUGAAAUUCUCUCUUGGGUUUUGUCUCCCAUCUUUCUUGAUUCUAAUAUUAUUUGUGAUGCUUCUUGUUCGGCUUGUAACAGGAGUUUCAGGUGUAAAGGAGAGAGUGAAGGAGCAAGUGGUUGUUCUGUUUAAUAUUUCAGUAGUGUUUGCAGUCCGCUUGUUCUACAACAUCAUGCUCAUACGGAGGACACAGCUAAAACUUCAAGGUGUCUACUUGCAUCCAAGAGAGGAACUAAUCUUGAACAUUGCAGAGCUGGUUCUCUUCUCUGGUAGCUGUUUAGGUCUGAUGUCAAUACCAACCUUGUACAAGCCUUGCAGGAUUCAGGUCUGGGGAGCCCUUCAGUUUAUUAAAAAGAAAUGUGUUGGAACGCAGACAUCAACAAGUGUUGAAAUGUAAUGAAUCACAACCUAGACUUUUGUCUAGUUCAGGGGUUAACAAAUGUUUCCAGGAUUUAGGAGCAAGCCAUGUAGAUAUAAUUCAGUUAUAUCCUGCUUUGCUUCAUGAACCCGAGAACAAAUUUAUUUGUAGACAACUAUAUAUGAUAUUCACAUCAAUCACGUUCAGUGAGUUAAAUUUAAUGGAACCAUGGAUCAUGAGGUUCGUCAAGCCCUUGUCUAUCUGAAAAUUCCAAAAAACAUUAUAUGCCAGUAUUAAGAUAUAUUUCAAUUGUUGGCAAAGUCUGCAAUUGCUUCAUAGACACCAUUACAUUUCCUGUGUUAUACCAUCAGACUGGCCGUAUGUUUGCUUAAAUGUAAAAGUUUAGUUGCCUUCACAACGGAGGACGGAUGUAUAAAAGUGCUUUAUCUAAAAAAAAAAACUAAAAAAAAAAGAGAGAGGAUUCCGCACUCUUCCUAUAACCACACCAAAUCCAGACGGGGCAAGCAUACCCUUCUAGGACAAUCCAAAGUACAAAAGGUCCAGGCACUCAAGGGUAUGAUCACAAAUUUUUAAUGAAACGUAGUGCAUAUUUCAAGCAGCAACAUUUUGACCUCAUACUGAAGUCUUCAUCAAGCCUGAUUAUACUUCUGAGUGCCUGGACCUUUUGUACCUUGGAUGUAGGAAAGAGAACUGAAUGACCAAGGGUUUUUAAAGUGUAUGUGUCAUCCACAAAUAUCUGGAUGAAAG